AUGAAUGUUUGUGCCUUUAUUAAAUCAAAUGCGUUACAAUUGUGCAUGGAUAAGAUUACUAUUACCCAAGUGAGUGAUGUUUUCUACAUAGAUCAGUUUGAUGGCAAUGCACAUAUCCGUGGGACCCUGCACUUAACUUUAACGCAUGUAUUUUUCCUUGGUUUAUCCAGAAGACAAGAAAUAUGGUUGCAGAAUCAGUUGAUUUCUUCAGUUGAACGUCUUCCAUUGACUACUGGUGGUGCACCUCUGGUUAUUCGUGGUAAAGAUUUUCGAGUACUUCAUCUGAUCCUCCUCAAAGAACGUGACUGUCAUGAUGUUUAUCUAACUUUGACCCGGUUAUUACGUAUUUCACAUGUAUCUGAGCUUCCUUGUUAUCGUUUUGUCCCAUCUGACUGUUACUGGCCUCGAGAAGAAGGUUGGUCAAUGUUUUCAUUGGAAUCACAGUAUAAUCGAUUUGGACUGCCUAAUUCUUUUUGGACAUUGUCGAAUGUGAAUAAAAAUUUUGAGGUUUGCAGUACCUACCCAUCUUUACUGUGUGUUCCAAACAUGAUAUCAAAGAAUAUCCUCUACGGAAGCUCACGUUUUCGUAGUCGUGGUAGAUUUCCCGUUUUAACCUAUCUACAUCCAAAUGGAAAGUCAGCUUUAUGCCGAAGUAGUCAACCGCUAGCUGGCUUUUCUUCAAAAUCUACAGAGGACCAGGUACUGUUUGAAGCCAUACGUAAUUCAAAUCCUGAAUCCAGUAUUCUAUAUGUGGUUGACACUCGACCUGCUAUCAAUGCAUUAACUAAUCGUGCACAAGGCAAAGGAUACGAAGAUACUAAUAUUUAUCGCAACAUUAUCAUUCAGUUCUUCGAUAUAGAAAACAUUCAUGUUGUUCGAUCAUCUUUAGAAAAGUUGUUAAAAGUCUGUUGCAAUCCAACAAUCACAUUGGAACACUUCACAUCAGGUCUAGAUAAAUCUGGUUGGCUGAAACACUUACAUGCCAUCUUGGAAGCAGCUUAUUUUGUGGCUAAGCGAUUGGAUGAAGGUAAUUCUGUACUGGUCCACUGUUCUGACGGAUGGGAUCGAACUGCUCAAGUUUGUGCUUUAGCGCAAGUUAUUUUAGACCCGUAUUAUCGGACAUUUUGGGGAUUACAGGCUUUGAUUGAAAAAGACUGGAUUCAGUUUGGUUAUAAAUUUACUGAAAGAUGUGGACUGGAAUCUGAUGUUGAUCCUCGUGAGGUGUCACCCAUCUUCACUCAGUUUCUUGAUUGUCUUCGACACUUGUUAGAAAUAUGUCCAAGUAAAUUUGAAUAUAAUGUAAAACUGUUACAGUUUUUACACGACCAAGUUUAUUCAGCAGUUUAUGGGACCUUCAUUGGAUGUAGUGAAAAAGAGAGAAUAACUCUUGGAGUACGAGAACGCACUUACUCAUUAUGGGCUUAUUUAAAUCGGUAUCGUGAAAAAUGGAUCAAUCCAUUCUAUGAACGUAAUUCAGUAUGGACAAAUAUGUGUAUUAGUAGCAGUUGUGGUUCAGAAAAGCCUUCAUAUUUCGAAAUAGAUGAUUUAAUCACUUCUGGCAUUGAACUUACUGAUGAUGGGAAAGGCAAUAGUCGAUAUGCAGUGGAUAUACUACCAAGUCAUGUGUUAUGCGCGCCAUUGUUUCGUUUAUGGCGUGAUCUGUACUUACGGUGGGAAUGGCGUCUGCCGAAACACGAUAUUCAAAGGGAGAAUCAUGUAUCAGAUUAUUUAUAUGGUGUGAUCACUUUACUCGAUCACAAUCGAUUACUGGAGGCGAGAAUUAGCCAAUUACAACAAUUAUUGAAUCAUAAUACUGUUGUGUAUAAAGAUGAUUUUAAAAAAUCAGUCGAAAAACCAACCCUUUCAAAGGUGGUGGACGCUGAAAUUGAACAAGCAAAUCAUGCUUCACCGGGAAAGUCCGAUAGCCAAAAUUUGAAGAUGUCUUCAUCGAAUAAUGAUGAUCCGCUUCUGCUUACAAAGUGGAAUUCAAUUUCUAAUGAUCAAAGACAAUUACCUGUGCCUACAGUAGAACAAAUCAAAUGUGAAAUGAAUAUGAUCAGUGUAAAAUGGUCCUCAUGUAUAAAAUCAGGAAGUUUAUGCUGUGUUUGUAAUAGCCUGUUAGCCUUAUUUAAUCAUUCAGUUCAUUGUCAUUCAUGUGGCCUUCUCACCUGUUCACGGUGUAUAUAUCCGAAUCCACCUGUGAUUCCAGCUUUAUGGUCCACUGAACAAAAAUUUGCACAGUUUUGUAACCCAUGUACUUCAAAACUGCGUAGUUGCAGUUUUCAUUUUAAACACUUUACUCAGCUGAAGACACCCAACACUCCAACAAAACCUGACAGCAUUUCAUUUUCAACAAAUCAUCCAGUGAAUUCAUCUCUGUAA